ACCCGCUUCAAAUUGCAGGCAGUUCGCAGGAGCCCUUCCGCACAGUCCAUUUCGUCAGUGCCGCCGCCGAGAGGGAGUGGAGAGCCCAGACGUGGCCGGGGGCACGGUGCGUCGGCAACCGAGCGAGCGAGCGCACGCGAGAGGCAGACUCGUAGGAGGUAGAGAUGGCUACGAACCCGUCGACGUACGCUCUGUCUCAGAGCUCGGACAGCAAGCAGCGGCUGCAGCAAAGGCGGAGACUGUUCCAGGAGACCGAAUGGACUCGAUCGGAUGGCCGCAGCUUCCAUCAGUGCAGACCUGCGUUUCUCAGGACAGGUGCUGCGAAUGCUGCCUCUGGAUCUGCUUAUGCAGAAUUUGGAGCGACCAAGGUCAUUGUGUCUGUGUUUGGUCCAAGAGAGAGUAAGAAAGCUAUGAUGUAUAGCGGUACUGGAAGAUUGAACUGCAAUGUCAGCUACACAACUUUUUCAACUCCAGUUCGUGGACAGGGAUCAGACCACAAAGAGUACUCGUCGAUGCUUCAUAAAGCAUUGGAGGGAGCCAUAAUUCUAGAAACAUUCCCAAAGACUACAGUCGAUGUUUUUGCAUUGGUUCUGGAAUCUGGUGGUGGAGAUCUUCCAGUGAUCGUAACUUGUGCCAGUCUUGCACUGGCAGAUGCUGGAAUUAUGAUGUAUGACCUUGUUGCAUCAGUUUCUGUGUCUUGUUUUGGGAGAAAUCUUGUCAUUGACCCGACAUCGGAAGAGGAAGCCUGUCAAGAUGGAACCCUCAUGAUUACAUGCAUGCCCGCCCGAAACGAGGUCACGCAGCUUAUGCUCACAGGCGAGUGGACAACUGCCAAAAUUAACGAGGCAAUGGAGCUUUGUCUUGAUGCCUGCUCUAAGCUUGCUGAGAUCAUGAGGUCAUGCCUAAAGGAAGCUGCUUCUGGGUCGAGCUAAUACUUUGAAGUCUUCUCUAGCUGUUCAUACAGUGUGACUUGACCCGACUCGGAAAUUAUUUUAGAGAACUUGUGAGACUGAUAGAAGUUCAUGACAGAUUUUUUUCCCAUCCCAUUUAUUUAGCUUGAAAAUUGUGCUCCUGUGAA